CAACUCGUUACCUGAGACUGUAACUAAUGUAAACAUGAAAUACUGGAACAGCCAGACAAACGCUUGCUUGAAAAUCCUUGUUCUUUGCUCUGAUUAAACAUAAAACAGCAUCUUUUAGGUAAAUAAGAAAACGUUGACUUGAACAUUACAGUUUUAAUAAAUUAGUCCCAGCAGCAGCUAAGUUAACUAAGAACAGAAUAUAAAACAACUGAUAGUUUGGAUCUCUUUCAUCCUGUGGCAUUGCUUCUUGCUGCUUCCUCAUUACUCUGCUGCUUAAACUCUCCUGGUUUCCUGUAAACAGAGGGGGCGGAGCCUCGGUGAUCACGUGAUCCAGUAGCGAAACCGAACGUCUCCAGUAAGUUCUCCAUUUUGCAAGAACAGAGCAGAAGGAGAAAAAGUUAAAUAAACACCAGUAAGAAGAAGAAGGAACGUUGAGGAGAAGAUGAGUGUUUGUGUGGAGGAAGAGGACGGAGCAGAGUCUCCAGGAUCCAGAUGUGUGACUAUGAAGAAUGACUGGUCCAGAUGUGAACCUCCAUCAUUCAGUCCUGAACCUGGAGCCUCAGACACAAAAGUCCAGAACCAGAGACAAAGAGCAGAACCUCCAGGACCCAGCUGUCUGUCUAUGAAGAGUGACCGGUCCAGACAUGAGCCUAUUAACUUCAGUAAUGAACCUGGAGCCUCAGAAACAAAGUCCCAUCAGAGACAAAGAUCUGCUGGACCUGGACCUGGACCUGGACCUGGACCUGGACCUGGACCUGGACCCAGCUGUGUGUCCUUCAAGAGCGACUGGUCAAAAGAUGAUGUUUUCAUUAAUUUCAAAGACCAACCUGCAUCAGAGUCAGAAGUGGACCAGCAGAACUCAGAGGUUCCCAGUGCUCAGUCUGUCCAGCAGCACCAAACACAUCUGAACUCCAUAUUUAUGCUGCUGGAGGAAAACAUUGUCACGUUUGUGAAGAAGGAGCUGAAGAAGAUCCAGAAGGUUCUGAGUCCAGAUUACCCAGAAUGGUUAGAGAGUCAGAGGGAGGAUGAGGAGGAGUUGGAUGGUGAGGAUGAAGAGCAGAGGAGGAGCAGCAGAGACGCAUUUCUGAAGAUCACAGUGAACUUCCUGAGGAGGAUGAAGCAGGAGGAGGUGGCUGACUGUCUGCAGAACGUGAUGUUUCCCAUCACAUAUUACCAGCAGAUGCUUCAAUCAAACCUCCAAGACCAGUUUGUGUGUGUCAAACCAGGCUGGUCAAAAGACGACCAACAUCUGGAUGACAUCUACACAGAGCUGUACAUCACAGCUGGGGUGGAUUCACACAUCAACACACAGCAUGAGGUCCAACAGCUUGAGACGACACAGCAGAAGCAAAGAUCAGCAGAGGAGCCAGUGAAGCCCAGUGACCUGUUCAAACAUCCCCCUGCUGAAUCGACUCAAGGGACAGAAGUUUAGUUUGUCAGAGCUCAUUCAUGAAUGCAUCCCAGAAACUGAGUCCAUCAGCCUGGAGGCUCUGAAUUACAUCUUUACACAUCUACAGUCAUCAGGAAACAGCAACUAUGACAAGAGCAGCUUCCAUCUUCUGUUUGUG